AUGAACAGAAAAUUGCCUGUUCAGUUGAUUAUCAAAAGGUUUCAACACGGUACCAAUCAACCGAGUGGAACUACUGGUAUUGAGCAUGCGUUGAAGUUUAAACAACUUGGUCAGAGCCAUAAACAGGACCCAAAACUUUACAAAUGCGACGAAUACUUGAACUUCAACAAAUACUCGUUCUAUGACAGCGAGGUAUGUGGUUUUUGAUUGGUUUUUUGAUUUUUAGGUAUGGAAAUGGCUUUGAAGUGCUGGGCAUUACUCUUGAAUUGAGUUUUGGAGUCUUUUAAGUAUGGUUUUAGCUGUUUUUGGGCGUAAUCUUUAAAAGAUUUUGGUAUAUUUAACGAUUAAGUUGCUAUAGGUAUUAAAAAUAGUGGUUAACUGGUUUUGGUUAUAACUUUUUUGAAUUGGUUGAUAGAUGCAUGAAAUUUGGCGUUGAGGUGGAUUAUCUUCUUGGCUGGCUAAUUUGAAAAAGGAUUUUCAAAAUUUACAAAAUUGUGGAAGUUAUUGUGUUUUUACUGAACAUCUAUACCUUCAUAAUUGUUAUCGAAUUUUAAUGAAAAACUGAUAACAAAAUCCUUUAUAUUAUGCCAUUUUUAGAACAAUAUCAAUCCUCAUCGUGUUCCCCAGCCAAGUAACAAGAAGCCCGAUUUGGAGCCCAAAGUUCGUGCCUAG